AUGGCAUGGUCAAAUCAAACUAUGGUCAAUGAAUUCAUUCUCUUGGGAUUUUCCAGCUUAGGCCAGCUCCAGAUUCUCCUCUUUGUUGUCUUUCUGGUCUUCUAUGUGGUCACUGUGAUAGGGAACUUCCUCAUCAUCUUGGUAAUAAGUAUGGACAACACCUUGCACUGUCCUAUGUACUUCUUCCUUCAAAAUCUGUCAUUUGCAGAAGCUGGCUUUAUAUCAGCUAUUGUUCCUAAGAUGCUGGUGAACCUUCUUUCAAAGAACAAGGCUAUCACCCUAUUAGGAUGCAGGGCACAGAUAUAUUUUGUCUUUUUCUUUGGAGCCAUGGAGUGCUAUAUAUUAAUUGUCAUGGCAUAUGAUCGCUUUGUGGCCAUAUGCAAUCCUCUGAGGUAUACCAUCAUAAUGAACAGGAAAAUCUGUGUGCUACUGGUGGCAGCAGUAUGGACCUCAGGAUUCCCAAUUGGGACUAUACAAAGUACAUGGCUCCUUAGUUUUCCAUUUUGUGGGUCCAAUGAAAUUUCUCAUUUCUUCUGUGAUGCUCCACCAGUUCUCUACUUAGCCUGUGCUGACACUUACAGGUUUGAGCUAUUUUCUCUCAUAGGUACUUUUAUCAAUCUGUUGUGUCCCUUUAUCCUGAUCCUGGUCUCCUACAUCUGUAUUAUACGCACGAUCUUGAAGAUGCCUUCCAUUGAAGGGAGACGGAAAGCCUUCUCCACUUGCUCCUCCCACAUCAUUGUUGUGACUCUGUUCUAUGGCUCAGCAAGUCUGACUCAUUUUCGGCCCAAGGCAAGCUAUUCCUCAGGGAACAAUCACUUGCUUUCUCUCUCCUAUGUGAUCGUCACACCCAUGUUAAACCCCAUCAUUUAUAGCCUGCGGAACAAGGAAAUGAAGAAAGCCUUAAGUAGAUUGCUCAGUAGGACAAUAUGUUUUUGA